AGAAGAAAUUCGCAGUUACCAACGUGUCAAAAGACUCAAGAUCGACUGAAGCAACAAAAAACCCUCAAAAAUGCAUCGAUUAAGGAAAAUUUUUAGUGAAAAGGCACCAAAUACACUCUACCGGUAUUGCACGAGCAGUCAAAAAGUGAAAUCCAAAGGAAAUGAAGCUGUAAAAUACACAGAUACAAUUAACUUACCAAAAACGAGGUUUCCUCAGAGGCUCAACAGUCAAAAGAUGUUAGAGAUGCAAAAAAUCAUCAAUGAGACACAUUUAAGUCCAAUGUACGAAUGGCAACGCAAAAAUCUCUCAGAUCCUGAAUUUGUUCUUCACGAUGGACCUCCAUAUGCAAAUGGAGAUACUCAUAUCGGGCAUGCUGUCAACAAAAUUCUCAAAGAUCUCGUCAUGAAGAGUAAAAUUAUCGAACGUCAACGCGUUCAUUACGUGCCUGGAUGGGAUUGUCAUGGAUUGCCCAUCGAACUGAAAGCCUUAUCGGAUUCUUUGUCGUCGCCUCCGAUGGUUGUUCGAGAAAAAGCGAGAAAAUUCGCAUUGUCGACGAUGGAAAAGCAACGUCAAGACUUUCGUGAUUGGGGAGUCGGAGCAAAUUGGAAGAAAGAAACUUACAAAACGAUCGACAAAAGUUACGUGAUGAAGCAAAUUCAACUAUUUUACGAGUUAUAUGCUAAAGGAUUGAUAUUUCGUGACUUGAAACCCGUUCAUUGGUCAGCAUCGUCAAAGACAGCAUUAGCAGAAGCUGAAUUGGAAUACGAUCCGGCAUUUAAAAGUCCUUCGUUGUACAUAAGACUGAAAUUAGAGACAAUUCCUGAUGCUUUGGGUGAUUUUAAAGACAUUUACGCGAUAAUUUGGACAACAACUCCAUGGACUUUGCCUUCAAAUCAAGCUGUAUGUUACAGUCCAAAGCUCAAAUAUUCCGUAAUCGAGUUCGAAGACGACAAAAAUUCAAAAUAUCUCAUCGCAUCAAGUCUUGUUGAAGCAUUUUCGAAGGAAGUGAACAAAGAAAUUCGAGUUUUGCGAGAAAUUGAUGGAGCAGCGCUCAGUAAAUGUACUUACAAACAUCCCGUAAUGCAAAUGGAUCCUCUUCCUUUUCUCUCAGCUGAUCAUGUUCAAGACUCCAAAGGCACGGGACUCGUUCACACAGCUCCCGCUCAUGGUUUAGAAGAUUAUCUUGUGUGUCUCGCGAAUAAAAUCCCGACAAAAUGUUACGUUGACGAACUUGCUUGUUACACAAAAGACGCUCCAACGUUCCUUCAUGGCAAAUCUGUGCUCGAAGAUGGAAAUUCACUCGUACUUGAACACGUCAAAGACAAUAUCCUGUUUUUGUCGGAAAUGACACAUUCAUAUCCCAUCGAUUGGCGAACGAAGAAACCCGUGAUUUUCCGUGCAAGCCAUCAAUGGUUCAUCGAUACGGAAAAAAUCAAAGAAAAAGCAGCUUCAGAAGUUGAAAAAGUGAAAUUGUAUCCGAAGGGAGUUUCGGAAACGCAUAAAAGUAGUUUAGUGAGUCAGCUAAUGAAACGUCCUUAUUGGUGCAUUUCUCGUCAACGAUGUUGGGGAGUUCCAAUUCCUGCUUUUUAUGACAAAAACGGUCAAAUUAUAAUUGAACAAAGUGUCAUCAACGAUAUUUUGAGUCACGUGAACAAAGAUGGCAACAUCGACUUUUGGUUUACAAAAAGUUCAGAAGAAAUUUUGUCAGAAGAAACACAAAAAUCGUUGAAUAUCGAUGCAAAAGAGCUCGUUAAAGGCAACGAUAUCCUCGAUAUUUGGUUCGAUUCGGGAAUUUCAUGGUACACAGUGUUAGAAGAGCCAAAAAUAGCGGAUUUGUAUCUCGAAGGCGUUGAUCAGUUCACGGGAUGGUUUCAAUCUUCGCUCAUGACGAGUGUAGCAUUACGUGACAAAGCGCCGUAUCGCUCAAUUUUCGUUCAUGGCUUCACAGUUGAUGAAAAAGGGCAUAAAAUGUCAAAAUCAGUUGGAAAUGUAAUCGCUCCAAAGCAAAUUAUCAAAAAAUAUGGCAUUGAUACGAUGCGAUAUUGGAUUGCAGCUCAUUCUGUGCAACAUGCAAUGAUUCCCGUAAGCGACAAACUUCUCGAAGGAUCCGCAGAAACAGUACAGAAACUUCGUUCGACUCUACGAUACAUGAAUGGCGUCUUAUCGAAAGAAGUUUCUACAGGAAAUGCGGCAAAUCGAACGCACUUGGAUCGUUAUAUUUUAUCACUUUUACACGAAUUCGACGAGAAUAUUCAGAAAUUGUACGAAAGUUACCAAUAUAAUCAUGUGACAUCAACAAUCAAUAAUUUCAUUACGAAUGAAAUAUCUGGCGUGUAUUUGCACUUGUGCAAAGAUCGAUUGUAUUGCGGUACAGAUGCCGAUUUCGCGUGCAUCCAAAACAUUCUGGAACAUGCAUACAAAGUUUCGUGCAAAGCAAUGUGGCCUAUUGUACCGUUUUUGGUAGAAGAAAGUUGGAGUUAUUACAAAAAUGAGUCAUUUUACAAAACUCCCGUCAAAUCAGACAUCGCAUGGAAAGACGAAAAAGUUGUUGAAACACUAAAAGUUGCUUUUGACAUGAAACGAAGCCUUUACAAACACAUCAAAGAUGUCAAUACGUGGUUGUUAGACGUAGAAAUUGCAGUUCCUUCAAAUAAACUUCAGGAAAUCAACAAAUUACAAAAGGAAUCAUUCAGUUUGGACUCUGAACUUGUUGAAAUUUGUCAAGUUUCGUCAAUUUCGUUGAAAAAUUCGGAAAAAGAAGAUUACGAGUUUAAAAUUAAGCAAAAAGAUGGAAACCUUUGUCCUCGAUGUCGAAGAUUUUUCUGCGAAACAACCGUUUGUAAGAGAUGUGAAGAAGUUUUAAUGAAGAAGCAAUAAAAAAGUCGAUAAAGAA